UUUUUUCAAUAAAUGUUCAUAAUGAUUAGAGAAUGUCAGAUAUAACCGUUGGAAGAAUAGUUAAAGAAACGUGUAUUGCUAUUUGGGACCAGUUGAGCACCCUACAUGUGCCAUUUCCUCCUACAGAUGAACAGCAGGAGUCAAUAAAAGAAGGUUUUUGGCGUAAAUGGAAAUUUCCUAGUUGUGUUGGGUGCAUCGAUGGAAAACAUAUACGCAUACGAAAUCCAGACCAUUCAGGCAGCAUGUUCAGAAAUUACAAGCAUUUCUUUUCAACUGUGCUACAAGGUGUGGCGGGACCAGAUUACAAGUUUAUUACCAUUGAUACAGGAGGGUACGGCAAGGAAAGUGACGGUGGUGUGUUUUAUAAUUCCCGCCUUCAUAGAAGGCUUGAAAACAAUGAGUUGGGUAAUAAACGGCUUACCACACUGCCUGGAUCGAAUAUUAAAGUUCCGUGCGUGCUGUUGGGAGAUGAAGCCUAUCCAUUGAAAACUUACUUGAUGCGACCUUUUCCCGCAUCACAACUUGGACCUUCACAUACAAUUUUCAAUAAACGACUUUCACAAGCACGGCAAGUCAUUGAAUGCGCGUUUGGUAUUAUUUCCGCCAAGUGGAGAGUACUUCAAAAAGGAAUUGAGGUUGAACCAAACUUUGUCGAUGAUAUCGUUAAAUGUGUAUGUUUGUUGCACAAUAUUAUAAUUGACAAAGAAGGCGAACAACAACCUAUGUCAAUACCUCAACAAUCAGAAACCAGUACUACAACAGCCAGAUUUGCUUCCCUAGGCGAAAAUAGGGGCGUCACUACCGCUUAUGUGAUCAGAGACAAAUUCGCAGCAUAUUUUUGUGAACAUCAAGCAAAUACCUAA